AUGGCCGAGAGCUCCCUCUACCGGCAGCGGCUAGAGGUCAUCGCGGAGAAGCGGCGGCUGCAGGAGGAAAUCCGCGCGGCGCGCCUGGAGCUGGAGGAGGAGAAACUCCGCGUGGAGCGGCUCAAGAGGAAGUCUCUCCGGGAGCGUUGGCUGAUGGAUGGGGCGGCUGAGGGAACAGACUGGCCCAAGGACUCCACCUCACAGGACCCCCAGUCACCUGAAGGCCAGGCCCAGGCCCGCAUCCGGAACCUGGAAGACAGCUUGUUCACACUCCAAUCCCAGCUGCAGCUGUUGCAAAGUGCGUCCACAGGUGCCCAGCACAAGCCCUUGGGCAGGCCCACCUGGCGCAAACAGGGUCACCGUCCUCUCUCCCUGCCCAUCGUGGAGGCAGGUCCUGCAGGUGGGGCAGAUCUAGACAAGAGAGCCUCUCUGCCACCUGGACCAGCAGGCAUGUCCCCGGAGUCCCUAUCUGAGCCCAGGGAGGAGGCUGUUGGGGUUUUGCCAGCCUCAAGGCAGGUCCCUGGGAUGACAGCAGCCUCCUCAGAAGCCAAUGGGCCCUGCCCCGGACUCAGCCCUCCUCCGGAGCAGGAGCCAAGUAAGGGGGUGGCAGCAGUGGAGAGGGGGGUGGGUGAGGCCAAAGGAGGGGGUGUGGUGAAGGUGGUGUGGGAGGGGCUGAGGGCCACAGAAGACUGUGCCAUAGGGGCCACAGGCCCAGAACUGGAGGCUAAGGUGGAGGAGGUGGUGCUGGAGGCCAUUGGGGACAGGCAGGUGGCUGGCAGCCCAGAGCUCCCAUCCUGGGUGAAGGAGGACAGAAAUGUUGUGGAGGUGGUCUGGGAAGGGGUGGGGGGCACAGAGGGCAGUGACUCAGUGGACACAGGGGAGGGAUGGAGGGGUCGGGAGGCUGCACAGCCGAGCUCACCAAGGCUCCCAGAACAGGGAGUGAUUUCUAGAGAAGGGGAAGGUUCUGACGAGGGCAGCCCUGAGGGCAAUGGGCGGGGGGGCUCUGGAGGUGAGGAGGGGUCUUUCAUUUGGGUGGAGAGAUCAGUCCUCAGCGAGGAGUGGGAAGAGCUGCUGGUGGAGGGUCUGGAGGGGCCGGGGCCAGUGGCAAGGGAGGGAGGAGAUGAGGGCCUGCUGGGGAAAGAGAAGAGAGGAGGUGAGGAAACCUGGGAGGUGGAGAGGAGGCAAGCAGAAGAAUCACUGGGAGUGGAGAAGAAAGGAGGUGAGGAAAAGCUAGGAACAGAGAGGGAAGAAGCCAAGGAACCACCCGGAAUAGAGAAGAAAGGAGAUGAGGAACAGCUUGGGGCAGAGAGCAGAGGAGUUGAGGAAUCACUGAAAACAGAGAGGGAAGGAAUUGAGGAACCAUUAGGAGUAGAGAGAAAAGAAGUUGAAGAGUCAUUGAGAGCAGAAAAGGAAAGAGGUGAGGAAAAGCUAGGGGCAGAGAAGAAAGAAGAUGAGGGACCACUGAGAGAAGAAAAGAAAGGAGAUGAGGUACAGCCAGGGGCAGAGAAGAGAGCAGUUGAAGAACCGCUGGUGGCAGAGAGGAAAGGAGGUGAGGAAAAAUUGGAGGCAGAGAAAAAAGGAGGCGAGGAACUUUUGGAGACAGAGAAGACCCAAGGUAUCGAGCAAGAUCCAAGUCCAGAAGAGCAGAGAGAGUCAGGGGGUGGAAAGGAACCCCAGGCAGAGGAGGUGAGCGAAGCAGGUGCUUCCCUGGGAACCAAGGAAGAACCAAGGCCAGAGGAGGGAGGACUGCAGCCCCAGGAGAAGCAGGAAGGCCCCCUGGAGGAGGAGGCAGAAAAGCCCCAAACUCCUGCUGAGGGCCAGGGCCCCUCGGGGGAUGCUACACCCCUUCUGGCAGAGACCUCCGCUUUGGAGCAGCCCACCGAGUGCCAGCCACUGCUUCCAGUGGAGGGGCCCAGUGCCCACCCUGUGCCCACGUACGCCCCUGCCCGGCAGCCUGAGCCACCUGCCCCCCAUGAAGGUGAAGAGGCAAGGGCCCCUAAGCAAAAGACGUGCCAGUGUUGUGCGGUUAUGUGA